AUGUCUCACCUACCGAUGAAACUCUUGCGCAAGAAGAUUGAGAAGCGGAACCUGAAAUUGCGGCAACGAAAUCUAAAGCUACAGGGGGCCUCGAUUGUGAACCUGUCAGAAGCUCAAAAUGGAGACUUACCUGAAGAAACCAUGAGAAGUGGAAAAGAUAAAAAAACCCUAAAACAGUCUAUGAAUAUGCACUUGUCAGGAUCCCAAAAUGGAGACAUUUCUAAAGAAAAACUGGAAAAUGUAAAAAGUAAAAAAAUCCCCAAGAAAUCUGCUAUUUUAACCAAUGGGGAAGCAGCAACACAGCCUCCCGAUUCAGAAUCAAAAAAGAAAAAGAAGAAAAAGAGAAAAAUGGAGGAUGGUGCUGGGCCUGACCAAAAAAAAGCAAAAAUUCAAAACAAGGAGGAACCUGAAAAAGGUGGUUCCAAGAUGACUACAGAAGCAGAACUGAGUGUGGAGAAGGCAGAUCAGGAGGAAGACGAGUACGAAGCACCCAGUCUGCCCCUGGGACUGACAGGAGCAUUUGAGGAUACUUCAUUUACUUCUCUAGCUAAUCUUGUCAAUGAAAACACCCUGAAGGCGAUAAAAGAAAUGGGCUUUACACACAUGACAGAAAUUCAGCAUAAAAGUAUCAGACCACUUCUGGAAGGCAGGGAUCUUCUAGCAGCUGCAAAAACAGGCAGUGGCAAAACCCUUGCAUUUCUUAUCCCUGCAGUUGAACUCAUUGUUAAGUUAAAAUUCAUGCCCAGGAAUGGAACAGGAGUCCUUAUUCUCUCACCUACCAGGGAGCUGGCCAUGCAGACUUUUGGUGUUCUGAAGGAGCUAAUGACACACCAUGUUCACACAUAUGGGUUGAUCAUGGGAGGCAGUAACAGAUCUGCUGAAGCACAGAAACUCAGUAAUGGGAUCAAUAUCAUUGUGGCUACACCAGGCCGUCUCCUAGACCACAUGCAGAAUACCCCAGGGUUUAUGUAUAAAAAUCUACAGUGUCUGGUUAUUGAUGAGGCCGAUCGUAUCUUGGAUGUUGGGUUUGAAGAGGAAUUAAAGCAAAUUAUUAAACUUCUGCCUGUACGCAGACAAACAAUGCUUUUUUCUGCCACACAAACUCGAAAAGUUGAAGAUCUGGCAAGGAUUUCUCUGAAAAAGGAGCCCUUGUAUGUUGGUGUUGAUGAUGAUAAAGCCAAUGCAACAGUGGAUGGUCUUGAGCAGGGAUACGUUGUUUGUGCUUCUGAAAAAAGAUUCCUUCUGCUUUUUACGUUCCUUAAGAAAAACCGAAAGAAGAAAUUAAUGGUGUUCUUUUCAUCCUGUAUGUCUGUUAAAUAUCACUAUGAGUUGCUGAACUACAUUGAUCUGCCUGUCUUGGCCAUUCAUGGAAAGCAGAAGCAAAAUAAACGAACAACCACAUUCUUUCAAUUCUGUAAUGCAGAUUCAGGCAUAUUAUUGUGUACAGAUGUGGCAGCUCGAGGGCUGGAUAUUCCUGAAGUCGACUGGAUUGUUCAGUAUGACCCUCCAGAUGACCCUAAGGAGUACAUUCAUCGUGUGGGUAGAACAGCCAGAGGCUUAAAUGGAAGAGGUCAUGCUUUGCUCAUUUUGCGUCCAGAAGAAUUGGGUUUCCUUCGUUACUUGAAGCAAUCCAAGGUUCCACUGAGUGAAUUUGAGUUUUCCUGGUCCAAAAUUUCUGAUAUUCAGUCUCAGCUUGAAAAAUUGAUUGAAAAGAACUACUUCCUUCAUAAGUCAGCCCAGGAAGCAUAUAAGUCAUAUAUUCGAGCGUAUGAUUCCCAUUCUCUGAAACAAAUCUUUAAUGUUAAUAAUUUGAAUUUGCCUCAAGUUGCUUUGUCAUUUGGUUUCAAGGUGCCUCCUUUUGUUGAUCUGAAUGUGAACAGUAAUGAAGGCAAACUUAAAAAGCGAGGAGGAGGUGGUGGAUUCGGCUACCAGAAAGCCAAAAAGGUUGAAAAGUCCAGGAUCUUUAAAAACAUUAGCAAGAAAUCACCUGACAGCAGGCAGUUCUUGCACUGA